AGCAGCAGCAGCGGCAGCAGAGGAUUUAUAAAUGAUGAACAACCUGGCGGAUACGGUGGUGGUGGAUCCCGGUUUCGGUGGCGGCGAUAAGCAGCAGCUGGCCGUUGUACCACCUCAGGAUGCCAGCGUUGUGGUGCCACCACCGCCCACCAAGCAAUCGUCGGCGCUCAAGAAGACCAGCCGCUAUCGCAGUCGCUCACUGAGCGCCUCCUCCACGGACUCCUUCAGCUCUGCCUCGUACACGGGCAGCAGUGAGGACGGCGACGAUGUGCCGCCCCGCGAGAAGGUCCAAAAGAACACCAAAGGCAGCUCCGAUUUUUGUGUGCGUAACAUUGCGGCCCAGCAUGCGUUUGGUCGCCGCGAGAUCGAGAUUGCCGAGCAGGAGAUGCCCGGUAUAAUGGCGCUGCGCAAGCGUGCCGCCGAGGAUAAGCCACUGAAGGAUGCCAAAAUUGUCGGCUGCACACACAUCAAUGCCCAGACAGCGGUGCUCAUUGAAACACUGGUGGAGCUGGGUGCCAGCGUUCGCUGGGCUGCGUGCAACAUUUACUCCACGCAAAACGAAGUGGCCGCCGCUUUGGCAGAGUCCAACAUACCCAUUUUUGCCUGGCGCGGCGAGACGGAGGAGGAUUUCUGGUGGUGCAUCGAUCGGUGUGUGAAUGCCGAGAACUGGCAGCCCAACAUGAUACUGGACGAUGGCGGCGAUGCCACCCAUCUGAUGCUCAAGAAGUAUCCCACAAUGUUCAAGCUCGUCAAGGGCAUUGUGGAGGAGAGCGUCACGGGCGUGCAUCGUCUCUAUCAGCUGUCCAAGGCGGGCAAGCUGACGGUACCCGCCAUGAAUGUCAACGAUUCGGUGACCAAAACCAAAUUCGAUAACCUCUACAGCUGCAAGGAGUCCAUAUUGGACAGUUUGAAGCGCUCCACGGACGUCAUGUUUGGCGGCAAGCAAGUCGUUGUCUGUGGCUAUGGGGAUGUGGGCAAGGGCUGUGCCCAGGCACUCAAGGGACAGGGCUGCAUUGUGUACAUCACAGAAAUCGAUCCGAUAUGCGCACUGCAGGCCAGCAUGGAUGGUUUCCGCGUGGUGAAGCUGAACGAGGUGAUUCGCAAUGUGGACAUUGUGGUCACUGCCACCGGCAACAAGAAUGUGGUGGUGCGCGAGCACAUGGACAAGAUGAAGAGCGGCUGCAUUGUGAGCAAUAUGGGACACUCCAAUACGGAAAUCGAUGUGAAUGGGCUGCGCACGCCGGACCUCAACUGGGAGAAGGUGCGCUCGCAGGUGGAUCACAUUAUUUGGCCGGAGGGCAAGUACAUUAUACUGCUGGCCGAGGGGCGACUGGUGAAUCUGAGCUGUUCGAGCAUUCCCUCCUUUGCGGUGUCCAUCACAUCGGCGACGCAGGCGCUGGCACUCAUCGAGCUGUUCAAUGCACCGCCCGGCCGCUACAAGUCCGAUGUUUAUUUGCUGCCCAAGAAGAUGGAUGAGUAUGUGGCCAGCCUCCAUCUGCCCACAUUCGAUGCACAUCUGACGGAGCUGAGCGACGAGCAGGCCAAGUACAUGGGCCUCAACAAGGCCGGUCCUUUCAAGCCCAAUUAUUAUCGCUACUAAAAGGCGUUGCGCCAGGAGGAGGACAAUAACAAUAACAGCAGCAGCAACAGCGGGCAGCAACCAGCAACAAUUAGAAGAAACAACGCCAACGAAAGUAUUGUCUUUGCAAAAGUAAAACUAUUUAAGAGAGAAGUCUGGACGGGAAAUUGAUGAUGAUGAUGGAUGAUGGAUGAUUGAACGUGCGGAGGAACAGCCCUCUCGAAAUUGUUGACAAGCACACACAGAAAACCAAACAACACACACACGCAAAAAGGAAGAGAACACAUGAGGACACACAAAGUUACUAUUACAAAAUGUAUUGCUUAGUUUAGCGAGUAGAGUAUCCAAUAAUUCAGGCUCAAAAUUGGCUGCGAGCACGGCUUACUGGGACACUGGAGCAGAAAUUCAAUUACUUAGUUUGCUUUUUAACCUAGCAUUUAACGUUCUUUCCGUUUAGUAUUUAGAUUGCAUUUUUGUGCGUAUCUUUCGUUAACCAACACCCAACAUGCACAACACUGCUGACCCCUGACCAACACUGCUCUCUCUCUCUAUCUAACUAUCUCUCUCUUUCGCUGCUUCAUCCAAAAU